AUGACUGGCAUGAAGUCUCUCUCAGUGGUUGAAGCUCCCACCUUUCGCGUUUGUGACAGAUGGAGAGCUGUUCCACUGCAAUCCGGUAGAGUUGAUGAAGAAACCGUGGCUGCCGGCGUCGGAACCGCCGUAGCCAAGGUUGAUGCGGACGGGUUGCCAGCCAGACCAAUUCGUAUCGUACCAAGGAAUCUCGUUGCCAGGCAACUCAAACGACUGCACGUUGUCUGGAAUCUUGUCUGUGGAGGUGCUGGUGGCGUUCAGGUAGCCAACAGCUGCGGCGGACGCGUUCUUGACGAACGUCGCAUCGUUGAGACCAGCACCGGUGUGGUAAGUUUGGACAUAGAGAUCGUUGUAGGCGCCCUUUCCGCGCUGGUGAGGCUUGACCUCAGUCUUGAGGCGGUAGUGCUUGGGCUCGCUGGUGGCAGCGAGGGUCGUCGUGGCGACUGA